UUGACUGCCUCAUCUGGACAGAAAUACUGCUUGAACAUGCUAUAUCUAUUCACAUUGCUUCCACUCUUCAUAGCCAGCAAGGCUGAGGGCUAUGAUCUUCCUACCCCGGCCGGAAAAUACAACAUCAAAUUAACAAGCGGCCCCCUCGUCGACUACUCCCGCGAUGGCUGGAAGUCCAUGAUAUCAGUCUUUCAACCGGCGCAUUGCAAGUCAGUUGGCACAAUCCCCAACAUGCCUAAUGAAACUGCCAAAAUUUUGGAAUCAUACACCAAAGAAUAUGCAGGAUCGUUCGGCAAUACAACUGUUGACAUUGAUGGACUUUUUCAAGCUGCUCGCCUCCCAGUCUGUGUGGGCGAUGCUUCCAGCAUUACCCCCGUUCCAGACAGCCCCAUCUUGCUCUUGUCUCCCGGACACGGGGGCUCUCGACUCUGGUUCAACGUUCUUGCUUCUGCUAUCGCCAGCGAAGGUUUCACGGUCAUCUCCAUGGAUCAUCCUGGGGACUGUAGAGUCAUUGAGUUCCCGGAUGGCCAGCUACUCGAGAAGAGUCCUUUGGAUGGUAGCUUACCUCCAACUGACGAGCUGGUUUAUCUUCGCGGUAACGACACUACCUUUGUCAUAGACCAGUUAAGCAACGCAUCUGCUAUGGCAGAAUUGGGUCUCUCAACUUUCCAGUCCGAUCGUAUCGCAAUUUUGGGACAUUCCCUGGGUGGGUGCACCGCGCUCCAAGUAGCGGCGCACGAUCCGCGUAUCGUCGCAGCCAUCGACUGGGCGGGGCCUGUCGUGACAGACCUACCACCAUCCGGGAUUGCACAACCAGUAUCAUUCGUGAGUUCGGAGAAUGAAAGUAACUGGACUGUCGAUGGUAUGGAAGUUGGCUGGGAUCUAAUCCAUGGUCCCAAACUAUGGACUGAGAUUGCCAAUUUGGAGCAUACGGGUUUCCUGGAUAUGAUGAAUAUGCUGAAAGCUGCUGGACAGGAUCCAGCGCAGUUUGCAGAGGUGUUGGGGACGAUUGAUCCGGACGAGCAAAAUAAAAUCCAUGUGGCAUAUACUACUGAGUGGUUGAAAGGUGCUUUUCAGGGCAAGAUUGGGGGUUCUUUGUUAGAGGGUGAGCAGCCGGAGAGGUUUCCGGAGGUGAGGGUUGUGAAGAAGGAGGGUUUCUGA